UCUCUACUAGUUGUCUACUUUAAUUAAUGUGCAAAUGGUGGAAGAUUUUGUUCGAUUGGUCAAAGCACGAAUAGUAUAACCUCCAUGUCAUCAUCAACCUUAUAGCCUCUUCUUUCUCCCAAUAACAAAAUGUUGUAAUAGCCAUUUCAGUCCCUCUUCUCCCAAGCUAUUUCUUACUCUAAUAUCAAUUCUCAAAAUGUUAAUGGAUCCCGACAAGCAUCCAACAUUUUGCAAGGUUUUAGUUAAAGAAGGUUUUAUGGACAAAAUACAAGUGCUAUCUUGUUUCAUCAAAAGACAACAAGAAGAUGUUGGCAAAGACCUGCUUACUGAAAACGGAUGUAGGGAUGUUAUGGAAAGCAAAGAUAGUGAGGCAGAGGUCCAAGUACUUCAAGAAAAUCCAGCAAAGCUAAUAUGGAGCUAAAAGAACCAUCAAAAAAAUCGAAGGAAGUAAAAAGGGCACAAGAAGAAUUAUCAGAUUCUGAGGAAGAAAGUGUCGAUCCAUCCAAUAGCUCAAAAUAUGGGGGAAACCCAUGCUAUUCACAUUCAGCAUGGAAGAAGAAGAGGAAGAAGGAUAAGACAAUUGAUUCUUCGAGAAAAUCGAAGAAAGUAAGAAUGGAGCCAAUAGAAUUAUCAGAUUCUGAGGAAGAAAGUGAUGAUCCAUCCAGUGGCUCCAAAGAUGGGGAAAAAAUAUGCUAUUCACAUUCAGGUGGCAGAUCCGAUGCCAAAGCUGAUAACAUUCUCAGCGUGAAGAAUAAAGCUCUGCGACUAAAAUUAAGGCUAAAGACGUGUGCCGAGGAUCCUGAAAAAACUAAGAGGCCUACAAGUGCUUUCUAUGUUAGGCGACGAUGGAGGUCCGCCAAGGAUCCUGACAAACCCAAGAGGCCAAGUGCUUUCUUACUCUUCAUGGAAGAGUUUAAGAAGCAGUUUAUGGAGGAGAAUCCAAACAAAAAAUAUGUCUUUGCCGAUUGUAAAGCUGGUGGAUACAAGUGGAGUCAGUUAUCAGAUGCUGAUAAAGCUCCCUACAUAACAGAGGCACGGAAAAGGAAGGCCGAAUAUCGGAACAACAUGGAUGUUUAUAUCAGGCGAGAGGCAGAGAGAAGGAAGGCCGAAUAUCGAUAUGUUUAUAGCAGGCAACUGGCUGCUGGAUCUGCUGAAGAAGAGGAAGCUGACAAGUCAAGGUCCGAGGUUGAUGAGGAAGAAGGAAGUGGAGAGGAAGAUAAAAAGGAGGAUGACAACUGAUGAAGUUUUUAAUGGAUGAAGAAAUUGGCGAGGAAGCGUGUGUACUAUCUUUGAUAUAUGGUUUCUUCUUUUUCCCCCUUAAUACUUGCAUUUGUUUGUUUCUGUUUAUGGGGGGGUUAAUGAUGAAUUUGUAGCAGCUGUUUGUAAAGCUCAAUAGUUUAUAUAUUUUAUUUUGAUGCUGCUUAAUCACAGUUCAGCUAGGUGUUUGUCCUUCUUGGCUAGUAUAUAUAUGGAUUUCCAUCUAA